CGGGGGACCGGCGGCGGCCCGAGGCGCAGCAGCAGAGCAUCGAGCGGCGCAGAGGCGGUGCGGAGCCGGCUGAAGCGAGGCGGGUGCCGGCGGUGGCGAGGCUGAAACUGAAAUACCUGGUCUUGAACUUGCAGCAAUGGGCAGAACGUAUUUUGUUGAGGAAACUGUUGGGCAGUACCUUUCAGACCUCAGCGUAAAGUUUAAGCCUUAUGUCACUGGGCUGUUAAUAGGGCAGUGUUCUCCACAAAGAGACUACGUAAUUCGAGCUGCUCGAACGCCUCCAAAGGAAGGGCAGAAGGAAGGCAAUACCAGUCCUUCAAAACUGGAUUCCAUUGAUGAAGAAUGGAUCACUGCACAUGCCAGUCAGGUUUCUAGAAUGCUUCCUGGAGGCUUAUUAGUUCUUGGUGUGUUUAUAAUUGUAACUCCAGAACUAUCAAAAGAUAGUCAAAAUGCUUUACGCAGGCUAAUCUUUUCCAUAGAAAAGUCCUUGACUAAGAGACGGCUCUGGAAACCUGCUGAUGAGGAUGUCUCAGACAGAGCAGCUCUUCAAGUUUGUUCUGCUACAAAAAAAAUAGUUUGCCGGACCUAUGAUGUACAAGAUCCAAAGGGUUCAGCUAAACCAGCAGACUGGAAAUAUCAAAGUGCUCUGUCUGCUUCCUGGUUGUCCUUGGGCUGCACAGUAAAUGUUAACAUCCACAUUCCACUUCUUGUGACUUCACCCAACCAUGACUUGGAGAAGAAUACCAAGAAUGGGUUAAAUCGGUGGUCAAAGCAGAUAGAAGACAGUAUUUUUCUGAUCAAUGGACAAGUUAAAGACAAUGAUACAGAACUGCUGGAAGGGCAGAAAAAGUUAAGGGGAAAUACUCAUUCCAGUACUCAGAUUUUUGAUGUCAAGGUUUUGACACAGCUGUCCCAGGGCUCAAGUCACAGAUCAACAGCAACAGUCCAGGUCUGCAGUGGUUCCAUAAAUCUCAAAGGUGCUGUGAAGUGCAGAGCCUAUGUACAUAACAACAAGCCAAAAGUGAAAGAAGCUAUUCAGGCUUUGAAGAGAGACAUAAUAAACACAUUGAGCGAUCGCUGUGAAAUACUGUUCGAGGAUCUCAUAAUAAAUGAAGGACAUUGUAAAAAAAAUUUUGAGAGGGUAUAUCAUGUCUUACCUCAAAGACUGUUUGUUCCUUUUGCUGGAUCCAGUGUGAUGCUCAGUGAUUAUAAGUUUGGUGAUGAGGCUGCUGGAGAAAUUCAGGAACGUUUUGUUGAGAUGUUGGACCAAUUUGUGCAAGCUGAAGAUAUCCAUAUAGCAGAGGAGGUUAACACAGUUGGUAUUUGUCCAAUUUCCGAAAACAUGGAUGAUACACAACAGAAACAACUGACGGAAGCAACACUGCUGUUGAAAUUUCAACAAAAUAUGGGUGUGGUAAUAGCAGUUGCUGUUGCAGUCUUUGCAUCAAUCUUCUCUUUCAAUUACUUCAGCGACUAAAGUCGAGCAAAGCAGCCUCACUGAAGUAGAGUCUGGUAAUCACAUUUAUACAAGAUGGAAACAUUGGGGUUUAAUGUACCAGUAGUUGAGGAUUGUUGCCUAAAAACCACCAGUUAGAUGCGCAGUAUAAAUUGCUACAUUUCCGGCUACUUUGUUCCUGCAUGCAAUUAAUAUAUCAAGUAGCAGGUAAAUCAAAUUUAUACAAAACUAGUUAUGUUACUCUUAUGUAAAUUAAUGACAUUAUGGUCUAGAAAGUGUCCUUAAACCAACACAGAACCUCCAUUUUCCUCUAGCUUCUAAUUUUAACAUAAAAUGUUACUGCUGGUAUUUUCCAGGCUAUUGGUAAUAUUAGCAGAGUUACUUAGUAUGAAAAUUCUUACUUCGGGAGUUCCUUUGCUAAAAGAUAUCUCAUCUUAUUAAACUUAAUUAAGGGAAAAUUGGAUUUUACAAAGCCAACGUCUCACCACAUGCACUUUUUAGAUAAUAUUCCAGACGGCCAAUUCAGAUUGUAAAUAACUUAGUUUAAGACCCGGAGAACUCAAAAAUCAGUAAAAUGUGUAGAAUUUUGUGGGUCUACUGCCUUUUAUCCUGUUACUUCUGAUCUGCAUCUAGGCAGCUGUUAAAGACUAUUUUUUUUUAUAACUAAGCUGUCAAAAUUUGUUUGCUAAUCCUGAUAUUUAGACCAUAUGCAGGUAACUUUCCAUGAUUAGAUAUUCUUCUGGGUAUAGUGGGCAAUAUCAUUAUCCUAAACUUGACAUGAGGAAUGCAGGGGGAAGGAAAAGUUCUUGUAAAGUUGAUAAAGGUAAUUCAUAUAUGAAACGUGAUGUUUGCUUGGAUCUGAAUCAUAGUAGAAUGGAAUUUCAGAUUUUAGCACAAUUAAGUAUCACUGCAGGUUUCUUUUUAGUGUAAAGCCACAGGAACACUUAAAGAUUAGAUUCUAAAACAUAAUCAAGUAUGUAAGUAUGUAUUUGAAUACUUUCAAUAAAAAGCAAGAAUGGGAUGUAUGCAUUUGAAA